AAGCAAUAUCAACAAAAAUGAUGAAAACUUUGAUCGUCGUCUUGGCUCUUGUCGCCAUCGCCGCCUGCUCCCUGGAUGUCAUUCCUCAUUACAGCCAUCACGGUCAUGGGCACGGAAUCAGCAGCAGAUACUUUAAAAAGGCACAAGGACAUGGUUAUGGAGGAUAUGGAUUGGGAUAUGGCGGAUAUGGUCUUGGAUAUGGAGGCUAUGGUCUCGGGUAUGGAGGCUAUGGUCUCGGGUAUGGAGGCUAUGGUCUCGGAUAUGGUGGCUAUGGAUACGGAGGUCUUGGAUAUGGAGGAUACGGUUAUGGUGGUUUGGGAUAUGGAGGUUAUUUCUAAAGGGAGAAAUGUUCCACAGGACGAUAGCCUAAGGAAACCUGAACAGAGGCAUCAUUAAAGUGAAGACAAUACGACAUAAACAAUUGGC